AUGGGUUUAAAAGAUGCUAUAUAUCUCGCAGCUAAAUCAACACGACCGAUAAUAAUUUCUCCGUGGCUGUAUUCUCGACGGAUGCGACCUAAUAGUACGUCUAUUAUGGAUUGGAUGAAAGUUCCAAUAACAAGAGUUUAUGAUGUUGAAUACUUGAUCACGUGUUUAGCACAGAAAAACAUCUCAGCAUUAUAUCCCUGUCAUCCUGAUACCUGUGUUUCAAAUUUCUCGCCGCCAAGACUAAAACAGACAGAGAUUGAACGUGGCCACAAUAAGACGUUGCCUUUUGUCAUUGCAAACUUCAAUCCAAUUCCAAUAUUUGAGACGCCCAAUGAACAUCAUCGAAGAGAAGAAAUAGAUAAAUGCAUUACAUGGUCAUGUGAAGCACAAAAAAUUGGGAACAGCAUACUGAACGGUAUUAGAAUGAAAUCUGGCAAAGAAACAUUUGAAAAUGUUGUGGGCUUUCAUCUCAGAGUUGAAGAUGAUUUCAAUAUGCAUAUUGCAAACGGACGCAAGAAGAGAAAUAUAACUUCUGCCAAGUUAUUGAGCUUCAUACCAAACGAGGUAGUAAAAUGUGCGCUUGAUUGCUACAACGCAACUGGUGCACAUAUGAAUGUUUCAGGCAUUUGGGUUUACAUGGCUUCUGGAGCAAGAAAAAAUAGUCCUGAAUUAGGUGAAUUCAGAAAGUUUUUUCCACGCAUACUUGCGAAAGAAGACUUCCUGUUAAGAAGACCCCCACUAGGUGAUGAUUAUCUUGCAACAAUAGAUUCCGUAGUACUCGAGGAACUAUCUUUCUUCGUUGGUUGCUGGAGCUCCACUUUUUCAAUCCAAGUAGCUCGCAAUAGACGAUUGAAAAAUUCAGCAUCAGCUCUCUACACUAUGGAUAUUCCUUGUCAGUGUCACAAAUAUUAUACUCCGAUAGUUGUGUGA